AACCCGCAGUAAUAGCGCUGUAAUACCGCUCAUAACCUGUGUGGAGGUCACAUGAUCGCACUAGAGUGAAGUAUGCUGGGAUACCAGGAAAUCCGAUUGAGAAGAGGAGAAACAGAAAGUGUCAUCAUGCAGGAAAGCAGCAGUAGACAAAUGCAGCCAACAUCUGCAGAAGUGAGAGAAGAAAGAGGCUCUGAACCAGAGGAAUUUAUAGAAUCCAUGAGAAAUCACCCUGAACUAUGGGACAAGAAGCAUGAAUGGUAUUCCAACCGUUUAAAAAAAAGGGCAGCUUGGAAUGCUGUGGCCCUAAUCCACAUUCAUAAUUGGGCUAUCUUGGGCAAAAAAGAUAAACAGGCAAAAAUGAAAACCAUCAAAUCGCGAUGGAAAACAUUAAGGGAUAAUUAUAGACGUGAACAUCUCCGUCAAGAAAAUGUGCGUAGUGGUUCGGGAGCAAAGGUUUCCCGGACAUACUGCCAUUAUGCUGAGCUACAAUUCUUGAAGCCAGUCAUGCAGCAGAGACCAACUGAAAGCAAUUUCAGCUCAGACAACACUGAGGACGAGGAGCAAGAGCAUGAACCCGGGACUAGUGAGACCAAUGAACCGCAGGAUUUUGAGAAUGAAGAUCUACAGGACACUGUACAGCCACCCAAAAAGAGGGGAACGUACAGAAAAAAAACUAACAAAGAACAACAUGUCGAAUUAAUAGAAGUAGUAAAACAUCUCAUUUCGGCACAAAAAAACGAAAGCAGUGAAAUGCUCACCUUUUUCAAAAGCCUCAUGCCACAGGUGGACAAAGUGGAUCCCUCCCUACUGUGUGAUCUACGAGUGGACAUAAUUAGACUUGUGCAAAAUUAUCAACAUAAAACCGCAGACCUGUCCACAGCUGCUCGCCCCCCGACCCUUGGAAGUCAACCAGCAUAUCAUGGAGGAUAUGGGCACCAGAAUCCAGAAACUUCGUAUAGUAUUCCAAACUCAUAUCAGCCACACUUUAAUCCAAACUUUAUGCAAAACACCCCACAAUAUAAUUUAAGGCCACAAAUGGGACACUAUGAUUUCCCCCAACAAUAUUCUCAGAUGCACCAUCCUCCUCCUCCUCCUCCUCCUCCUCCUCCUCCUCCUCCUCCUCCUCCUCGUCCAUCUAUUUCGCAAGAGGAAUCCCUCCUGCAGCAACUAUAUUACCAAGAGCCGUAAAUUGGGUUGAUAAUUGUCGUAAAGUGAUAUUUUUUAUGUUUUUUUGUCUACAUUCUAGACAUUUGUCAAUUUUCGUAAAAAUGAGGUGUAAUGUAAUGAUUACCUUCAAUAUUUUUGUUAUAAAAAAAUAUAUAUAUUGAUGUGUUUUUGAUAUGUUUCUUUUUGACAAAAAAAGAGAAUAACUAUGUACAAAAAAUCUGGGUACAUUUGUAAGUUGUUAUAAAUAGCCAACAAGGUUUUUAAUUUGGGUGAAUUUAACCCCGAAAAUGUCUUGAUAUAGAUGCAUUUAUUUUCUAAAUGUUGACAUUUAGUAUUUUGAAGAAUAAAAAUAUUGACAAAUGUUCAAUUACCGUAAAUAAAUCUUUGUGUUCC